CAACAAUGAAUAUAACUCUAAUAGUAUCACUUGUACUAGCUCUUAUGCUAAUUCUAAUAUUGACCCUUAUGCUGACCCUUACGCUGACCCUUAUGUUGACCCUUAUUCUGACUCUUAUGCAGACCUUUGUAUUAACCCCUAUACUAGCUCAGAUGCUGAACCUUAA